AUGGGAGGCAAAAGCUCAAGGGAAGCCAAUUGGAGUUCGAAUCCAUCUUCAUGGGAUGCCUAUCGACAACCAUCUUAUGGUCAAGAAAGUUAUAAUUAUGCACCACCACAGCAAUCUUAUGGAUCACAGCAAUCUUAUGGGUCGCAGCAGCAUUAUUCUUCCUCUCAAGAUUAUGGGGGUGGCGGGGACAGAAGAAGGCUCGACAGGAAGUAUUCAAGAAUUGCAGAUGAUUACAAAUCAUUAGAUCAGGUGACUGAGGCUCUUGCACGUGCUGGUCUUGAAUCUUCCAAUCUCAUUGUUGGUAUUGAUUUCACAAAGAGCAACGAGUGGACAGGUGCCAGGUCAUUUAAUAGACGAAGCUUGCAUGAUAUUGGAGAUGGUUUGAAUCCAUAUGAACAAGCAAUAUCCAUUAUUGGGAAAACGUUGGCUGCAUUUGAUGAGGAUAACUUGAUUCCCUGUUUUGGAUUUGGGGAUGCAUCAACACAUGAUCAGGAUGUCUUCAGUUUCUAUCCAGAUGAGAGGUUCUGCAAUGGAUUUGAGGAAGUCUUGAGUCGGUAUAGGGAAAUCGUGCCCAAUCUACGACUUGCAGGACCUACAUCAUUUGCACCAGUCAUUGAAAUGGCGAUGACCAUUGUUGAGCAGAGUGGUGGCCAGUACCAUGUACUAUUGAUAAUUGCAGAUGGACAGGUUACUAGAAGUGUUGAUACUGAACACGGCCAGCUGAGCCCACAGGAACAGAAGACUGUCGAUGCCAUUGUACGAGCAAGCAAGCUCCCCUUAUCCAUUAUAUUAGUUGGGGUGGGAGAUGGGCCCUGGGACAUGAUGAGGGAGUUCGAUGAUAACAUUCCUGCUCGAGACUUUGAUAAUUUCCAGUUUGUGAAUUUCACAGAAAUUAUGUCAAAGAAAGUGGACACAUUGCGAAAGGAGACAGAAUUUGCGCUUUCUGCUCUGAUGGAAAUUCCUUCUCAGUAUAAGGCAACUAUAGAGCUUAAUAUAUUGGGUCAUAGCAAGGGAAUUGUUUCUGAGAGAGUUGCCCUGCCUCCACCUAUGUAUGGUGCAGCGUCUUUCAGCAGGUCCAAGCCUUCUCAUUCUGCCAGUUUUAAGCCAAGUGUUCCAUCUUAUCAAAGAGACAGCCAACCUGUCAGCUCAGCUCCACCUGCUACGAGUUCCACUUAUGAUAAUCAGCUUUGCCCUAUUUGCCUUACUAAUCCAAAGGACAUGGCCUUCGGUUGUGGGCAUCAGACAUGUUGCGAAUGUGGAGAAAGCCUCGAUUUAUCUUAUAAUUCCUUUAUGAAUGAUAUUUCAAAAUCUAUGUUUGGGAUUCAACCAUACCUGUCGCAGAGGAUGUGUAAGGGGCAACGAAAUUCGAAUGUGAUCAAGAUUGAUAGUUGCCAGCUUGCUAUAGACAUGGCUACUGUCUGUCUAUCGGUGUGA